CUUAUCCGCUGCCUCCUGCCCAGCUCCUUGCCCUCACUGCCACACCUCCAACACCAUGAGGACGGCUUAUCUCUUCCUGCUCUGUCUGCCAGCUGGGCUGCUGGCCCAGGGCCAGUAUGACAUCGAGCCGCCUCCUUACCCCGACCAAGGCCAGUACUCCCAGUACAGUGACCACAUCGAAAACCCUGAUUAUUACGACUACCAAGAGGUGACCCGCCAGCCUCCUGAGGAGCAGUUCCAGUACCAGUCCCAGCAGCAGGUCCAACAGGAAGUCAUCCAGCCCCCCACCCCAGAAAACCCAGAGACGGAGCCCACGGAGCCCGGCCCCCUGGACUGCCGAGAGGAACAGUACCCCUGCACCCGGCUCUACUCGGUCCACAAGCCCUGCAAGCAGUGCCUCAAUCAGAUCUGCUUCUACAGUCUGCGCCGCAUCUACGUCGUCAACAAGGAGAUCUGUGUCCGCACCGUCUGUGCCCACGAGGAGCUGCUGCGAGCUGACCUCUGCCGGGACAAGUUCUCCAAGUGCGGCGUGAUGGCGACGAGCGGGCUGUGCCAGUCGGUGGCUUCCUCCUGUGCCAGAAGCUGCGGGGGCUGCUAGGGCUCUGCGGGGGGUGAGGAGCGAGGCCCCAGGCUGCGGGGGUCCUCAGGGGAGCGGUGGUGCCGGUAGGCUCCCACGACCGACCGACCGGCGCUUCAGAAAUCCGGUGCAGGGAUUCUGCACACAAUAUAGGGGACGUUUUUACUCUGCCUUUUUCUAUUACCUUUAUUUUCUAUUUGGUUCCUAACGGGCUGGGUUGCGGUGGUGGGCAUGCUCCCGGCUGGAACCUGGGGCUUCCCGUGGCUCCCGGCUCGGCCGUGGAGACUAAGAGGGAGCAGCAGGCCACCCCCUCCCCGGCCCCCGCUGCUCUCCCAAAGCCCUGCCCGGCUGAGUCCGUGGGCACCUGCAGUCCUGGGCAGCCUAGUUCUCCCUUCUGCAGAGGCCGGGCGGGACCUUCCUCUUCCUCCUCCUCUCGUUCCCCACCCAGAGUGGCGUUGGGGGAGGCGAGCACACUAAGGGGUGUUUUGUUAGGGGGUGCCACCCCACAGGGCAAUGGGGAAAAGAGCAUGCCACCCUUGGCCGGGGUACUGUUAGUCCCUGAGUGGGCACAGGGCAACACUACCCGUGCCCUGCCUGGACCCUAAUGAAGUAGACGUACCACCCGCCCCGGCUCCAUCCCAGGGCAGUACCCAGGUUUCUCCCGGCUGCCCAGCUGUUGCCCCUCAGGGCCAAGGCUGUGGUCUCAAGCCGGUAAGGUGCUAAUCCUGGGGGCCCCUUCCCCCAACCCCGACCCUCUAGUUUCCCUGCAUGUACUGUAGCCAUGUACAGUCACUGGUUUUUGUACAAAAUAAAGGAAAAUAAAAGAAA